ACUCUCACUCGGACAGCGGACAGAGUACUUCAGGGCAACCAGACCCAAAGAUGGCCAAACCAGCGAGACCACACCACUGCUCCCAUUGUGGAAAGAGUUUUAUUAAUUUAAGGAGCCUAAAAGUUCAUGAAAGAGUACACACAGGAGAAAAGCCUUUCCACUGCUCACAGUGUGGAAAGAGUUUUACUCAGUUAGGGAAUCUGAAAAUGCAUGAGAGAAUACACACAGGAGAGAAGCAUUUCCACUGCUCCCUGUGUGGAAAGAGUUUUACCCAGUUAGUUGCCGUGAAAACACAUGAGCGAAUACACACAGGAGAGAAGCCUUUUCACUGCUCCCUGUGUGGAAAGAGUUUUACCCAGUUAGGGGCCCUGAAAACACAUGAGAGAACACACACUGGAGAGAAGAAUUUCCACUGCUCCCUGUGUAGAAAGAGUUUUACCCAGUUAGGGGCCCUGAAAAAACACGAGAGGACACAUACAAGAGAGAAGCAUUUCCACUGCUCCCUGUGUGAAAAGACWUUUACCCAGUUAGGGUCCAUGAAAACGCAUGAGAGGACACACACUGGAGAGAAACCACACCACUGCUCCCAUUGUGGAAAGAGUUUUAUUAAUUUAAGGAGCCUAAAAGUUCAUGAAAGAGUACACACAGGAGAAAAGCCUUUCCACUGCUCACAGUGUGGAAAGAGUUUUACUCAGUUAGGGAAUCUGAAAAUGCAUGAGAGAAUACACACAGGAGAGAAGCCUUUCCACUGCUCCCUGUGUGGAAAGAGUUUUACCCAGUUAGUUGCCGUGAAAACACAUGAGAGGACACACACAGGAGAGAAGCAUUUCCACUGCACCCUGUGUGGAAAGAGUUUUACCCGGAUAGGGUCCCUGAAAACACAUGAGCGAAUACACACAGGAGAGAAGCCUUUUCACUGCUCCCUGUGUGGAAAGAGUUUUACCCAGUUAGGGGCCCUGAAAACACAUGAGAGAACACACACUGGAGAGAAGAAUUUCCACUGCUCCCUGUGUAGAAAGAGUUUUACCCAGUUAGGGGCCCUGAAAAAACACGAGAGGACACAUACAAGAGAGAAGCAUUUCCACUGCUCCCUGUGUGAAAAGACUUUUACCCAGUUAGGGUCCAUGAAAACGCAUGAGAGGACACACACUGGAGAGAAGCUAUAUCACUGCUCCCAGUGUCAAAAUUCUUUUUCCACAUUAAGGGACCUGAAAUCACAUGAAAGAAUCCACUUAGUAGAGAAGCAGAGGCCGUUUCAAUGCUCUCAGUGUGGAAAGAGAUUCAUCCAGUCAUCACAUCUGAAAGAUCACACGACAACACACACAGGAGAAAAACCGUUCCAAUGCUCUCAGUGUGAAAAGGGUUUUACCAGGUUAAGCACACUAAAAACACAUAAGAGUACACACAGGACAUCAGCAUUUCCAAUGCUCCCAGUGUGAAAAAAACGGUUUGUACACCUGAAAAUGCAUCCAUUAACAACUAUUGAUUAAUUUAUUGGGGGGGAAAAUGCACUGAGUACGAGGACAACCCAGGGGAUAACGCGUUAAAGUGAAAAUGACUUGUUUCCAACGUGGUCCUCGAUGAAAUAAACUCAAUACAGACAAUACACAAGAUAAAUAUAUUUUCCUCCCAGUGUGGAAAGGUAUUUACCUAGUUAGGGAACCUGUAAGACCACGAGGGAACAAACACCGGGGAGAUGCCUUACCACUGCUCCCAGUGUGGAAAGAGAUUUUUCACAUCUCAUAACACACACAGUGCUCCCACACUUUUUUUUCUGUGUUCGUUCGGUCAUGAA